UCAAAACUUUCCUCAGCUUUCUUCAUUCUGAAGCUUCAGAAGGUGCAAAAAGGCUCAAAGGGUUCAUCAAAAAUUUGCAAAAAUAGGUACCCUGAUAGGACAUGAAGCAGUUAAGGCAGAGGAGAGUAGUACACUAUCCUCUCCUAGUCCUAGGUCUUCACCGAGGCAACGACAUAGCCCAAAGCAAAAAUCAAUGGAUGCAGUUUCAUCUAUGGAAACUACAGAUCUCCACUCUGCUCCUACUACAUUUAUUGGGUCAAGUGAUGGAGAUUAUCCGGUGAUAAAAACCUUUAAUGAUGCCAAGACCAUAUGCUUUGUGGAGUCUCAAAAGCUUUGGGCCAUUGCUGGUCCUAUUGCCUUUAACAUUUUGUGCAACUAUGGUGUUAACUCCUUCACAAACAUCUUUGUUGGGCAUAUUGGAAAUUUGGAGCUCUCUGCUGUUGCAAUUUCUCUGUCUGUCAUUGCAAAUUUCUCUUUUGGCUUUCUGCUUGGGAUGGCAAGUGCACUUGAAACACUAUGUGGGCAGGCAUUUGGUGCUGGGCAAGUAGAAAUGCUAGGAGUUUACAUGCAACGAUCAUGGAUAAUUCUGAUAAUCACAUGCUUUGGUUUACUACCACUUUAUGUGUUUGCGACGCCAAUCCUAAAACUCCUUGGCCAAGAAGAUGACAUUGCAAACCUUGCCGGGAAGUUCUCUAUCCAAACCAUUCCCCAAAUGUUUUCACUGGCCAUCAAUUUCCCAACUCAAAAGUUCUUGCAAGCACAGAGCAGGGUUUCGGUUCUGGCAUGGAUUGGUUUUGCAACUCUAAUUCUACACAUAGGAAUCCUCUAUGUCUUUAUCGAAUUGUUCGGGUGGGGAACGAGUGGUGCUGCUGCAGCCUAUAAUUUCUCGGCAUGGGGGAUGUCAUUGGCUCAAGUCUUUUAUAUAGUUCGUUGGUGUACAGAUGGUUGGAAGGGAUUGUCAUGGUUAGCCUUCAAGGAAUUAUGGUCCUUUGCAAAACUCUCCCUUGCUUCAGCUGUAAUGCUUUGCCUAGAGAUUUGGUACUUCAUGACCAUAAUUGUUCUCACCGGACACCUUGAUGAUCCUGUUAUUGCAGUUGGCUCCCUUUCAAUAUGCAUGAAUCUGAAUGGUUGGGAAGGCAUGUUGUUUAUUGGGAUCAAUGCAGCAAUAAGCGUUCGAGUCUCCAAUGAGCUUGGAUCAGCACAUCCGAGAGCUGCAAAAUACUCUGUCAUUAUCACGAUCAUUGAGUCUCUCAUCAUUGGAAUCUUUUUCGGGGGGAUUAUCUUGGCGGCCAAGGACCACUUUGCCAUCAUCUUUACUGAGAGCAAAGAGAUGCAACAAGCAGUUUCUCGUUUAGCUUUCCUUCUCAGUAUUACAAUGAUGCUCAAUAGUGUUCAGCCGGUUAUUUCAGGUGUUGCUGUUGGAGGAGGAUGGCAAGCUUUGGUGGCUUACAUAAACUUGUUUAGUUAUUACAUUGUUGGUCUACCUCUUGGGUUUCUUCUUGGUUACAAAACACGGAUGAGAGUGGAGGGAAUUUGGAUUGGUAUGAUAUUCGGGACAUCCUUGCAAACACUGAUCCUCUUGUACAUUGUUUACAAAACCAACUGGAACAAAGAGGUAGAACAAGCCUCGGAAAGAAUGAGGCAGUGGACUGGAGAUGAACUAGUAGUAGUUGAUAACAAAAAAAAGAGUGGACAAGAAGGUGGACCUCUAAUAUUGUAGAAGAAUCAACUUUCUUUGGCUGUAAAUUCUUUCUAUUUCUACUUUCAGAACUAAGAGUUCACUAACUGUGACAAGAAAGAAGGAACUGUACAGUACGUUGUAAAAGUUUGCUGCUGUAGGUCUUUAAUUUCAUUCAUAAAAUUGUACAGCGCGCCACAGAUAGUCUCUAGCUAGCAUUCUAUUGUUUUUAAUUAGAAAGUACAACAUCAGUUGACUAUG